AAGAACCAGGCCAACAUGCUGUGUGCCUUCAACGGGACAGCCCUGAGCAGAGUGCUGCCUCCACUACUCCUCUCAGAGUUUGUCCUGGGAGCCCUGGGGAACGGCCUGGCCCUCUGGAUCUUCUACUUUUAUCUGAAGCCCUGGAAGAGUAGCACCGUGCUCCUCUUCAACCUGGCCAUGGCAGAUUUCCUGCUUAUCCUGGUGCUUCCCUUUCGGGCCAGUUACUAUAUGUCCCAGCUGGAGUGGCACUUUGGGAGCUCCUUCUGUAACGUCUGUCUCUUCAUGCUGGCCAUGAACCGCAGUGGCAGCACCUUGUUCCUCAUGGCCAUCGCUCUGGACAGGUAUAUGCGUGUGGUGCACCCCCAUCACCCAGUCAACUUCUUAAGCCUGUCCAAAGCCCUGUGUGGAGCGGCCGUGCUGUGGCUGCUGGCCAUCUCCAUGAGUGCUCACAUCUUUACCUUAAAACACAGCAGCACCACCUACUGCGAGAGCUUCAGCAUCAACAUUAGCCCUGACAGUCACGUGAACUUUUCUUGGCAUAAAUUUGCCUUUUUGUUUUCCUUCUACGUGCCUUUAGUGGUGAUCCUCUACUGCACUGUCAGCAUCACCUCUUACCUGAGGGGGAGGCAGAUCGCUCAACAGGCCAAGAUUAAAAAGGCCUUGUGUUUUAUCAUAGUGGUGGUUGUGCUUUUCAUCAUCUGUUUCCUUCCCAGUAACAUCACUCAGGUCAUCAUCUGGUUCGAAACUAAUAGGGCUCUGCAGACUUUACCUUUUUCACAGGUUUGUCCUAAAAUGGAGGACCUGACUACAGUCUUCUACAUCACCAUCAGCCUGACCUACCUAAACAGUGUGCUCGAUCCUUUGGUCUACUACUUCUCCAGCCCAGCCAUCAAGAACAUUUGCAGGAGAGCACUACAUCUGCCCCAGGCCUCGGAGACAGUGGAGAGCGCUGAGAAGAAGGCCAGAGACACAGGCUCACUGUCACUCAGCCAGCUCUAACCUGAGAUAAAGGAACAGAAAGGACCCAUCCAAAAAUAUUGAACUUGCAGUGUAUUAAUAACCAGGACUUCAAAUGUUGACUAAACUAGAGACUGACUGAAGUAGAUCCUAACCAGUGUCUAAACUUAAUCUAUUCCAAGAUUAAAUCAGCAACAAAUCAGGUCUAAACUAGAACUAUACAAGACUAAACCAAGGCUAAGCCAAAACUGAACCAAGACUAGACCAAGACUAAAAAAGACUAAACCAGAACUAAAC